AUGCAAGCAGCAAGGUGUCCCACCGAUGAGCUGUCACUAACCAACUGCGCGGUGGUGAAUGAGAAGGACUUCCAGUCUGGGCAACAUGUUGUUGUGAAGACUUCUUCCAACCACAAAUACAUAUUCACACUGAGAACUCACCCCUCGGUUGUUCCUGGCAGCAUCGCGUUCAGCUUGCCCCAGAGAAAAUGGGCUGGACUCGCCAUCGGGCAAGAGAUAGAUGUUUCCUUAUACACUUUUGACAAGACUAAGCAGUGUAUUGGCACAAUGACCAUUGAGAUCGAUUUCUUGCAGAAGAAGAACAUUGACUCCAACCCCUACGACACAGACAAGAUGGCUGCUGAGUUCAUCCAGCAGUUCAACAGCCAAGCCUUCUCUGUAGGCCAGCAGCUUGUGUUCAGCUUUAAUGACAAACUGUUUGGCAUGGUGGUAAAGGACAUGGAAGCUAUGGACCCCAGCAUUCUCAAAGGAGAGUCUGGAACAAGCAAAAAGCAAAAGAUUGAGGUUGGUUUGGUUCUUGGAAACAGUCAAGUUGCCUUUGAAAAAGCUGAGAACUCCUCUCUCAAUCUGAUUGGUAAAUCAAAGACCAAGGAGAACCGCCAGUCUAUCAUCAACCCAGACUGGAACUUUGAGAAAAUGGGCAUUGGGGGCCUGGACAAAGAGUUCUCCGAUAUUUUCCGGCGAGCUUUUGCUUCUCGAGUUUUUCCUCCUGAAAUUGUGGAGCAAAUGGGCUGCAAGCAUGUGAAAGGCAUCCUCUUGUAUGGACCUCCAGGCUGUGGUAAAACACUUAUGGCGAGACAGAUUGGCAAGAUGCUGAAUGCCAGAGAACCAAAGGUGGUCAAUGGUCCAGAAAUCCUCAAUAAAUAUGUGGGCGAGUCCGAGGCCAACAUCCGCAAGCUGUUUGCUGAUGCAGAAGAAGAACAAAGAAGGCUUGGAGCAAACAGUGGUGUGCAUAUCAUCAUUUUUGAUGAGAUUGAUGCAAUCUGCAAGCAGAGAGGAAGCAUGGCGGGGAGCACUGGAGUUCACGAUACUGUUGUAAACCAGUUGCUGUCUAAAAUUGAUGGCGUAGAGCAGCUCAAUAACAUCCUAGUGAUUGGAAUGACCAACAGACCUGACCUGAUUGAUGAGGCUCUGCUGAGACCAGGAAGGCUGGAGGUGAAAAUGGAGAUUGGCUUGCCGGACGAGAAGGGUCGAUUCCAGAUUCUUCAUAUCCACACGGUUCGGAUGCGGGAGCACCAGCUGCUGGCUGAGGAUGUGGACAUUGCAGAACUGGCAGUGGAGACUAAAAACUUCAGUGGUGCUGAAUUAGAAGGUUUAGUUCGAGCUGCUCAGUCUACUGCUAUGAACAGACACAUUAAGGCCAGCAACAAAGUGGAGGUGGAUAUGGAGAAGGCAGAGAGCUUGCGUGUGACAAGAGGAGACUUCUUUGCAUCCUUGGAGAAUGACAUCAAACCAGCAUUUGGAACCAACCAGGAAGACUAUGCAAGCUACAUCAUGAAUGGUAUUAUUAAGUGGGGUGAUCCAGUAACAAGGGUAUUGGAUGAUGGGGAGCUGCUUGUUCAACAGACUAAGAACAGUGACCGCACGCCUUUGGUCAGCGUUCUUCUGGAAGGUCCCCCCCACAGUGGGAAGACUGCGUUAGCAGCAAAAAUAGCAGAAGAAUCCAGCUUUCCCUUUAUCAAGAUCUGUUCUCCUGAUAAGAUGAUUGGAUUUUCUGAAACUGCCAAGUGCCAAGCUAUGAAGAAGAUCUUUGAUGAUGCAUACAAGUCCCAGCUCAGCUGCGUUGUUGUGGAUGACAUUGAGAGACUUCUAGAUUAUGUCCCAAUUGGACCACGGUUCUCUAAUCUGGUGUUGCAAGCCCUUCUUGUACUGCUAAAGAAGCCCCCCCCUCAGGGUCGCAAGCUUCUCAUCAUUGGAACCACCAGUCGCAAAGAUGUCCUGCAGGAAAUGGAAAUGCUGAAUGCUUUCAGCACUACAAUUCAUGUGCCCAACAUUGCAACAGGGGAGCAGCUGAUGGAGGCUUUGGAGCUCCUGGGUAACUUCAAAGACAAGGAACGCAGCGCUAUUGCACAGAAUGUCAAAGGAAAGCCUGUCUGGAUUGGUAUCAAGAAGCUGCUGAUGCUGAUAGAAAUGUCAUUACAAAUGGAUCCUGAAUACCGGGUGAAAAAGUUCUUGGCUCUUCUGCGAGAAGAAGGAACGUAUCACAGGGAAUAGUUGAGCCCAGUCUUGACAGUGGCAUCUCCUAGAAAAUGACUAAUACCUGUAGGGCAGUACCUGUGCUGGGGAAACACACCAGUAUCUAUCCUGGCUCCAUGUGAGUGGGUUCCAGUGUGUGCUUGAUGCUUUCAUACGUGUGCAUGCUUUCUUGACGGGUUUGGCUUCUUUUGCAAGAGUUCCUUCCCUAGACUGAAGGAGGACCAAGUGCAAGAUCAACAGCUGGAAAAGUGACCAACCUGGAGAAUAUACACUGGGCUCUUUACUCUUCUGUGUUGCACAUACUGGACAAAGUGAAAUGCUCCUCUGUUUCCAAGAACCCAAUGUGGAAUCUGCAUGUUUAGUGCAAUAAAG